GAAGAAAAAAGAUUGCGAUUACUUUAGGGGGCUUAAUCUUUUCCGACCAGUUCAUACAAAUCGCUACGAAACUACCAUCGGAAGCAAUGUACGCAUAGAUUUGAUCGUUACACAACUUGGGCGAUGUUUGCAAGAGAUGAGUGGCCCUACUCCGAAGAAUUUACCACAAAAAACCUUUAUGGUACCUGUUCAAAUUCAAUUAUCUCUUUACUAUGACUACAUGUCGGAAAUACGUGUAGGUGUACAUCCAUUCUACAUGAUGUUGGAGAAAGAUGGAAAAGCACAUGGCGUCUUUAUACUCAACAGCAAUGCGCAGUGCACAUAUUUACAAAAAGUUUGCUACAAAUCCGUGACGAAUAUGUUGCUCCUAUGUACGACUAAAUUCGGCAAAUUUUUAGGAAAUCAUCACAGCCCCUGGGCCUACACUUAUUUACCGCACGAUCGGCGGUCCAACCCCAGAGGAAGUAACGCAGCAAUACCUAGCUUUAAUAGGCAAACCAACUCUACCAGCUUAUUGGGGCUUUGGCUUCCAGGUAAGCGUCGCGCUUUUUUCAUCAUCGACAGACGGCUACACGUUGCUUGGCAGAUCUCUCGGUGGGGUUACGAAAAUUUCGCUGAAUUGAAGGAAGUGGUCAAAAGGAACACUGAAGCUGGAGUCCCUUUUGACACAGUUGUCGGAGACAUCGAUUACAUGGACCGAUACAAAGACUUUACGAUUGGGAAGACCUAUCCAAACGGAACUUUUCAGAGGGCACGUUUCGUAGAGUGGGAACGUCGCGAUCAAGUUAUGGACUCUGUUAAUAGUUUGUAUCCCUUGGUGGAAGGUACGAAAAUCAUGUUGGGUGUUGUGUGGCCAGAUAACCAUACGGCUUUCCCCGAUUUUCUUGAUCCGAGCGGCAAUACAGAAAAGUGGUGGAUUGACGAACUGAUCAGAUUCAGGCAAAAGGUCAGUGAUAUGUGCAAGAAGACGUUCACGAUAGAAUCAGAUAGUUAACA